AUGACGCAACCCCAACUCCAAACCAAACCAAACCAGCCUAUCGACGGUGCACCACAGGCAAAAAAAAACCAAAGAGCCCCGAGGAAGAGGAAGACAGUGCACCGCAACAGUCCAGUCAACACAUGGCCCAAUAGUCUGGUCAACACGCGGGCCAAGACUCCAAUCAACAUGUACAUGAUUCCAGCGGAAGAAACCAUAGCAAGACAGAAGAGGGAGAGAGACGAGGCCAUCAAGAGGGUGUCGUUGAGAGAUGCCGAAAUGCUGAAAAAGUGGCAUGAGCAAGUGGAGAGGACCAGCAAGAGGGCCAGAGAUGACGAGGAGGUAGAUAUUGUGGAACCCGCUGCCAAGAUGAUGCGCACAGGAAAGGAGAGGGCUGUGGAUGAAGAUGAGGAUGAUGAGGUGGUGAUUGUGGAACCCCCAGCUAGAAAUGAGAAGGAGAUGGAGGAAAGGCGGCUGAGGAACAUGCAGGAGAGACAGUUGAGGUUGAAAAAAGCUGGACUUUCGAUGUCAUAG